CGGGUCUUUAAUAACAUUUUUACCAUCUAAGGAUAUUGGAAGACAGUUUGAUUUCUACAAACAGUUUUAUUAUGGUGUGAGGGGCUCUGAGAAAAUGAGCGGAAAUAGCAGACCAAGGACGUGAUCAUGGUGUGGAUAUUUCUGACACACAAGGCCCUGCAGGUUGUACAGAGGCAUCUAUGAAGCAGCUGUCUUCGGUGUUGCAAGUUUCUGUAUGAUGAUCCUUGAUGAUUGGAUCUGUCAUCUGCUUGCCAGAUUUUGAUGCAGUUCUGGAGUAUUCUGAUAAGGAACAACAAAGAUGCAGUCUCCACUGGAUCAGGAAAAAGCUGAAUGGAUGGAGCUAACACGUCCUCUUGCCAAACGAAGAUUGCCUAAUCAGCCAGGCCAACAAAUUGUUACAGUGCCAGGGACAAUUCAGCAUGGAAAUCAAGCUGGACAGUCAGUGGACAUUCACUUAGAAUUGUCUGGUGCUGAGUUUUGUCGUUUGACCAGUAGAGACACUGCUGCCCCAGGAAAAUGCUCAUGUGGAACUAAGCAAGGUCCACACAUCACCCUGUUAUCAGUGCUCUUCAUCCCUUUCUCCUGGGUCUCCUCACUUUGUGUUGCUUUCUACUAUGGAGCAAUGUCAUGGUACAAUUUUUACAUUUAUUUCAGUGAGGAAAAAACUAUUUGGCACAAGAUCUCAAUCUGCCCUUUCCUAAUUCUUAGCUUUCCCCUCUCAGUUGGGUUGUCAGCUAUUGGAAUUGCACUGUUUGCAUGUAUAAUUCAAUUAUCAUGGUGCUUUGACACUUGGUUGAAAGAAAUCCGAGACUUUGAGAAGGGUUUUUAUGCUUGGUUUUGUAAUUUUGUUGGGCUUGCUCAGUGUUCACCUUAUGAAAUUAUUAUUCUCGAUGAGGACGGUGCAUUUCCUGAUCGUAGCUAAUGUGAAACAAAUCAAUUUUUGCACACGAAGGCAUUUCAUUUUAGUUGCAGUAUAUUUUACCAUGAUUGUAAUAAUGUUUUUAUUUAAAGAGCUGCUUUUGAUGGGAGGUCAACAGUCUAAAAUUGUUAUUGUGGAAUAAAUGUAUCAUUUGCAAUUGAUUGUAUGCAUCAUUAUUUGUCAAAAAAAACAAAACAAUCAUUUGCACAUCUGAUAAUCUUCAUCAGUUCAUGAAAAACAAUAAGUGGUGGUAGUAAUUGACUUAAGCAUAAUUUACCUUUUUUGAACUGUGCUAUUAAUACUAAUAAUCUGAUUAAUGAGACUGAAUAAUUGUAUUUAAAUUUGCAGCAGAUCUAGUUUGUUGCAGUUCGUUGUGUUGCAUGUGGUUGUGACACACAAAAAAUAUUGACUCUAUUGUAAUUGCUUCUUAUUAAUUUAUAUGCCUGCAGAUGGCGACAGGUCUUAAAGUUUACAAACCCAGUUCUAGCUCAUUCCAUUUUAUAGUAUGCUGUUUUAUAUGUAUGUACAUGAUAUUUUUAUCAUUCAUUGCUGAAAUGUGAUAAAGUUCCUCUUUUGUUUUUCUUUCAAGUAUACUAAAUAUGAUUUAUUCUUAGUUUUAUAAACAUAGUUUAUUUCUGGAGGCAAUUUUUAAUUGCAUUAAUGAUUUGGUGAAGUGCUGUCAUGGCCAGAUGUUACAAAGGUUAACUGCUUUGUUUCAAUAUUAUUCCCAAAUCUCAGGGAAUAACACCCUUCCAUUCAUGAGAUAUAAGUAUCCAGCAUUGACAUUCUCUAACAGGCAUGAGAGAAGGUCAGACCUGAAGUGUCCUUGGAGCCUUGACAGCAUAAUUAUUUUUGUAUACAGUAAAACUGUAGGCUGGAGCACUUUCUUUAGACUGGUGUCCACAUCAGCAAUGACAAUGAUUAACUUUAUUUUUUCCAGUUUGAAAAUGGGAAGGUGCUUUGGUUACAAGGAAACAGUUAGAAAUGAAAGUAAGAAUAAAGUUGCAAGGUGCAGCAUUUAAAGAUAUUAGCAAUGAAAAAAAAGGCAAGUGACAAUUAUACAUAUAAAAUAUAAAACAACAAACUUACAUCAAGAAUAAUAAUGUGUGCACCUACAACAUCACACACACACCACUGACACUUAUCUGAGGUUGAGCAGCUGGACCGCAGAUGACACAAAUGAUUUCAGAAGCUUAUUACUUUUACAUAUUGGCAUGUUUAUAUGAGCUUAAUAAUACAAAUUCUCUCAUUAGUACAUGUUCAGGUAUUGACAAAAUGCAUGUUUUCCUUACUAUUUGUUGAUCAUAGAAAGAAGCUAAAUCCCUCUGUUUUAUACCAAAUAUUUUAGAACAGAUGUGGACAAAACUGUUCAGACUAUUCCUAUCAUGGACAGAGAGAUUGCCAAACCAGCAUAAAAGACUCAUUUGAUGGAUUGUAGUGUUUGAAGUUUAGGAACAUAGUUUCUUCUAACAAAUUAAACCUAGAAGAACAGACACUCAUGCAAACCUGAGAAACCUUUAAAAACUUUCACACUGAGUAUAAUUUGGACCAGUAUACAUGCCGAAAUUUGUCCAUGUUUAAUUGUGAGACAAAUCUUAAGUGGUUAGCCUUGUCUGCUACUGUUUUUGUGCAGUUGUUCCCCCUUAAAACAGGUGCUGAUUGACCAGUCUGUCACUUGGUACCAGUCAAGCAGUGCAUGAAUGAUCUGUCAGUACAUUUACAUUUAUCACUAUUUAUUGCAGGUCUUUUUGCUUCUGUCAUUUUUAAAAUUAAUAAGGUACUCUUACUCAGCUCCAUUAUAAUUUUUUUCUUUUUUUGGUUCCGACUGUACUUGGAUGUAUAAUUGUUCUUCGGGAACUUUCUGUGUAUAAAUGUGUGUGUUCAUGAAGAAAGGCGACUGAAGAAAGCCUCGAUAAUCCUCAAUAUUAAUAUAAUGUUGGUACUUAACCGAAAAACUUUCUUUCUCAAUCACUAUGUGUCACUGUUGAAAGGCUGUUGAUUAGGGUGUGAGAUAUACAUUAGCAUUUUCUUGCCAGUGACAUUAGUUCAUUUAUUUAAAAGUAGUAGAACGCAAAGUCAUAAGAAGAGAGUUAUUUUCUCUAUAUAAUCUGGCUGCACUUUUCUGGCAGUCAUCAUCUUAAUAUUAUCAUUUGAAAAUUAAUAUUUUCCAAAUUAUUUUGCCUAUAAUGCAUUUUCAGGCUCCAGUUUAUUUUCUUUAGAUAUUUUAAGUUUUUUACCUUGUAUAAGGUAUAACUAGCCAGAAUUAUAAUGGCAGCAAGAUUGUAAUAGUACAGAACACAAAUUUUAACAGAUGACAAUUGGAAGAAGUGAGUGACAGAAAAUUGAGUGCUUAUUAAAACAGACUACAAUGCUAGCACAGUUUGAUGAACUGAUGUUAUGUUUAUUGUGUGAUACAGUGCAUCCUGAAUUUCAGCUUUUGAAUCUUUACAUUUUAACUUUAACUGUUGUGAUUUACAUACAUCCAUUCACAUUCUUGUGCACCUGCAAGCAAGCAUAUGCAAAGAAUCUCAUUAGCAACCAUUAGAUACAAUCUCACCAGCAUUGAGAUUAUGAAGUUUCAUUUUUAUGAUUGAUUUUUACCUAUUUUAAACCACUAGACCUCAUCAUGCCAUCUUUGAAUGCUGCCAAGAUAGCAGUAGUAGUCAGAAUUACACAGUAAAUCCCCAGUGUCCAGUGAGCUAAUUGACUGAGCUUCCUAUUAGCAAAGGAAAGUAACCCCCACAAGAUUUCUUUUGAUCAAAAUGUUCCAAAUGGUGUUGUAAGCAUGAAGAUGAAUGUGUUUUUACCAACAUAUACUGUCAUUUAACUAGGUUAUAUAUGUUUAUUGCAAAACUGUACUUACAAUUGUUCAAGACUUUCCCAAAUUACAUUUUUAGUAUUUAUUUAAAUGCUAUGGAGUAGCAGAUAAAUGUUACAAAUUCUGUAUGCAAUUCAUGCAAAGUGACUGAGUAAUUUAAAACUGAUUCAAGGAAAUAAUUUAAUUAUAUAAAACACAUUUGCUUUUGAUUUUUUUUUUUAAAGAAAAUAAAUAUUCCGUGAAAGCAU